AGGCUUAAAAACUCAGCAAAUUCUACCGAACAGGCUGUAUCUGAAACAACAUGCAAUUAGAUCCACGAAGAUUAGUCUGAUCGAAGAACAAGAAUCAUUGUCCAACAAAUGAGAGGAAGAAGAAGUCAGCCACAGAACCAGUACUCCGUCCUCCAGUCUGAUGGAUGAAAACCCUAGCCUGCUGCUCUGGUCGGGUGGGUAGGAGAAAAAAGAAAGGGUUGCUAAGUCUUCACCUGUGAUCUAUUGUGCUAUGGCAAUGAGAGAUAGAAUCAGUGAACUUCCAUGUGUUGUACUUGACCGUGUUUUGGGAUUCUUGCCAAUUCAAGAAGCUGCUAGAAUUGCCAUCUUGUCAACGGUUUGGAGAGAUGUUUGGUUAAGUCUUUCGCAGCUCAACUUUGAUCACGAGUUCUUCUGUUACAUUCGUGACCAUUACAUUGCAGAGGCAGCCUUUUAUGUGGUGAACCAAAUUCUAACGAAGCACAUUGGGCAUAUCCGAACAUUUGUCUUUGCUUUUCAUUCUAAUAAUAUCCAGAGACAUAGAGACAGGUUGUUCGAGUUGGAUCAAUGGUUACUAUUUCUCACACAAAAUGGCAUUGAAGAAGUUGUCCUGUCUUUUGGGUACAACAUAAUUCUACUGCCAGAUUGCAUAUUUUCUUGCCUAACACUAAAGAAGUUGGAUCUUCACGGCGUGUUAAUUGAACCAAUAAAUGCCCCUUGUAUAUUCCCAAACGUCACUUCGCUUCAUUUGGGAUACGCUCGGUUUGGCAGUAGAAACCAUGUAGGUUCUACUGUGAAUCUUCCGAAGCUUGAGAGUCUCACGUGUGGAAACAUUUCUGGUUUUAAGAUUACGGUCCCAAAACUCAGAAGCUUAAAAAUAACUUCCUCGGCUGAUCAUCUUCUUCCGGUUAACUUGGAUUUGAAACCCAUCUCUUCUCUUAAUCUCAUGCGAUCCUCCGCCCUCAAGAUGUGCCCAAAGCUAUGCAAACUUGAUGUAAAGUUACGCGCAGCGGAUACUUCUAUAGACGACGACUUGCUCAAACACUCAAUCGACAUUGUGGCACGAAGAUGCAGAAACGUUCGUACGUUGAAAAUAUUUUGCUUGUUCAAAGGGUCAAUGCACGAAAUGUGUUUCUUCGAGUGGCUUGUUGCCCUCUUUCCAACACUUGAGAAGGUUGCCAUUUUUCAAUGCAGACAAUACCACUCCAACACAGAGAUGGAAAACAAGCGGAAGCUUUUGCUUUCACUUCGGGCCGCUUCAAAUGCAGAAAUCGUUUACGUUUAGGGUCGGGAAUUGGUGGAAUUGGAAUUGAAAUUCCAUAGGAUUCAAUUCCAUAAAAUUGAAUUCUGUCAAUUUCAAUUCAUUUUUUGCACUAUCAAUUCCAAAUCCACAUAAUUUUUGUGCUACCAAACACCAGAAUUAGAAUUGAAGUCUCCAAUUCCAAUUCCAUAGUUUGAAUUCCAUGUACCAAACGGGACCUUAAUAUAUUCUUUUUUAGAUCGUUAUGAAGUUUGAAUGCAUCUCCUUGAUUUGUGGUUUGCCAGCAUUUUCCAUGGCUG